ACUCCCUCCCGAGCCCCCCGACUUCUUUUUGUCAACUUGUUCCGCCUUCUCUCCCAGUCUCGCUCGUAGCUUCGCAGCCCUCCCGGCCAACGACCCUCGCCGGCGAGACGCACCGCGCGGGAGCCAAAUGGCCGCGGCGGAGGCCGCGGCCGAAGCGGCGGCCGAGGCUUUCUCCAUACGGGGGUUCGCCGCCAGGAUGCGGGCCGUGGACGCGGCCAAGUGCUGGCCAUUCGGAGGCUCCGAGGACGGGGACACGGAGACGCCGCAGCUCCCGCCAAUGGACCCGACGCCGCGGUCGCGCUGGUGGGCCGACGAGCUUGCGGCGUUGCGGGCGCGGCUGGGUGUCUGCGCUGCGGGCGGAGACUUCGCCGUGGGUGGCGGCAUGGGAGAUGGUUUGGGGAAGGCGACGAAGAGGAAGGGAUCUCGCGGGAGCGGCGGUGCCGAGAGGGCUAAGAGGCGGCGGAGAGCGCUCCAAUCUAGCUUCCUUUUGAAGCACAAGGAGAGAACCUCUAAACUCCAACCAGCAUCUCGCUUACUUCAACGCAUGCUCCAUAAGAGUUUGUUGAGAAAACGAAAAGGCUGUACUAUUCCUACACUAAGAGACCUCGUUAUGAGGAAGAAAUUGCAAGAGCGACAGGAUCAGAUGUCAACCCACAGAAACAGCUUGAAGAAACAGUCCGUGAGAGGAAUGGAUCACGAACGAAGCAUAAAAAUCAGCAGGCCAACUGAUUAUCCUGUAAAUCUUGGCUGUGAAGUAGUGAAGCAUGUUGCAUGCCCACCCAAGGAUGAUAUUUUUGGAGAUCUACCUCUUUUAGAAAGCUCAAAAGUUAUGUUUCAUACUGGAGUUGACAUACUUCCUACUAUUAUAGAAGAUUCUUUUGUAGAAAAUCAAAAUGGGCCAGAUGCCAUAUCAGAAACUGAACCAUUGGAGCUAAUGCCUAUUGCUGACAUUUCAAAGCAAACAUCACCCCCCCUUGAAGACUCAGUGAAGAAGGAACAGAGUCCUGACAAAGGGUCAACAUGCAUCUUACUCAAUGAUGCAGGAAGGAGUCAUUCUUCCUCUGCUGAGUUUGAUGGUCUGCUAAAUCAUGCUAGUGUUACCAUGGCGAAAACUUCUCUUCCUGAAAUGCAGCUGAAAUCUACCGAUGUUCCUGCUUUAAGUUCUUAUUGUAACGAGGGAGCAAAAUCUGGUACUAGCAACUGUGCACAGGGUCGUUUCUACACAAACACAGACUGCUUUCAGGAAAUGGAAAGACCUGGUACCAGUUCAGUGGCUGUGAGAACCAGAACUGAGGCAGUUAAAAAAGAAGAUGCAGCAAUCCAUGUUGUAAACAAUGCAAGUGUCACCAUGGCGAAUACUAGUCUUCCUGAAACGCAGCUGGAAUCUACUCAUGUUCCUGCUUUAAGUUCUUGUUCAGAGGCCGUGAGAACCAGAACCGAGGCAAUUAAAAAAGAAGAUGCAGCAGUCCAUGGUGUAAACAAUGCAAGUGUCACCAUGGAGAAAACUAGUCUUCCUGAAACGCAGCUGGAAUCUACUCAUGUUCCUGCUUUAAGUUCUUAUUGUAACGAUGGAGCAAAAUCUUGUCCUAGCAACCAUCCGCAGGGUUGUUUCUAUACAAACACAAACUGCUUUCAGGAAAUGAAAAGACCUGGUACCAGUUCAGCGGCCGUGAGAACCAUAACUGCAGCAGUUACAGAAGAUAGAGAUGCAACUGUCCAUGGUCCAAACAAUACAAGUGUCACCAUAGCGAAAACUUGUCUUCCUGAAAUGCAGCUGAAAUCUACACAUGUUCCUGGUUUAAGUUCUUAUUGUAACGACAGAGCAAAAUCUGGUUCUAGCAACCAUCUGCAGGAUCGUUUCUACACAAACACAAACUGCUUUCAGGAAAUGGAAAGACCUGCUACCAGUUCAGCGGCCGUGAGAACCAGAACGGAAGCAGUUGCAGAAGAUAGAGAUGCAGCUGGCCAUGGUCUAAACAAUGUAAGUGUCACCAUGGUGAAAACUUGUCUUCCUGAAAUGCAGCUGAAAUCUACUCAUGGUCCUGUUUUAAGUUCUUAUAGUAAGGACGGAGCAAAAUCUGGUUCUAGCAACCAUCCGCAGGGUCAUUUCUACACAAACACAAGCCGCUUUCAGGAAAUGACAAGACCUGGUACCAGUUCAAUGUCUGUGAGAACCAGAACUGAAGCAAUUGAAAAAGAUAGAGAUGCAGCAGUCCAUGGCAAGAAGAGCACUGGUAUCUCUGGUCGACUUGUUCCAACCGAAUACCAUCCUUCAGGUGAAGGCAAUCUAUCGUCCUCGGUUAUGUCACAGAGGACUGUCAAUGCAGGAAUAAAUGCAGAUGGCAUGUCUUCCUGCAGGAGUAUGCCUGCCCAGGAAUAUGUCCCUGCUUCUAUUCCUUGUAAAGUUGCAAGCAAUGCGUAUCAUGAAAGUAGAAAGUCUGUGGAUACAUGCACAUCAUUAUCAAUGGAUGACCAAGGUAGCUGGUACUCAAAAAAUUACCCAGGUCGCUCUCCGGCAAGUAUUAGUUUGCCUUUUAUGGAGCUACCUGGCCUUGAAAAGAUGGAGAUCUCAAGCUAUGAUCCGAGGACAGGUGAAAAUAACUUUAUGAAUGGACGAUCAAUGAACAUAGUAAGAUGCCAACAACAGAAGCAGGUGAGUGGCAUGACCAGUGCUAUGCAAAGUCAGAAUAAGAUUGGUUUCAGCGAUUCUCAAGCUGGGAAAAAGGCCCCAGAUGGUUUUGUGAGACGUGAUAAUUGUCAUUCGUACCAACCCACCAUGCGCUUAAUGGGCAAGACAGUCUCACUUUGUAAAGGUAGCAUGGAGCAGGAGGUACCAACUACAGGGAAGUGGAUUGACAAAAAUGUUGUUGGAGACCGUCCCUCAUCAGUUUCAUGCCAGUUGCCCCCAAAGAAGGUGUUCCCUUAUCAAGAUUCUGUGAUACCAAGAACUCGUGUUCAUGAAUCGUCAGAUACUUUGCCAAGGAUUCCCAACAGUACUUUUGCAGAGGCAAGGCCUAUUGUCAGUGAUGCUCAAAGUCAUAGGCUGCCACAGACUAAUAUUGUUUCUUCAGCAGUUAAAGAUUACACUUGGAAUUCAGGCAGUCAGUUUGGCCGGCAAGCUCAGGUAAACAAAGAAUAUGUCAUAGGCAACUCAAGGACCAGGCAUAUGGAGUUGUCUCAGCCACCCGAGUUGAUAAGCAUUCAUCGGAACCAAUACUUGCACUUAGGCAAUCCUGCAUCAAGCAUGUAUGCAGAAGAACACACUUUUGUUGGUUCAGCAGUAAAUCGAUCUUCUCCUUCAUUUCCACAGUGGUCAUUAAAUACAAGCAUGCAGGGGAAGUACCAAAAUCCCACUUCAUUGGUUUACGAAGAUCCUAGAUCUGUUCGUACCCACCAACCUCCCUGCCAAGUACCUGGAGCAAAUCUAUUUUCAGCAUCAAACAUAUCUUUUCAUGACUACGGUACAAAAAAUGCUGAGUCGAGAAACUCUUAUCAGCGAGCACAUCCUUCUCUUCCAAGUAGUGCGGCAAGUAAGUUCCAUGACUACUGUACAAAAGAUGUCGAUGCCAGAUACUCUUAUCAGGGAGCACAUCCUUCUCUUUCAACUAGUGUGGCAAGUAAGUCUAUUUGGGCAAGUAAGUCUACUCGCGAUGUUCUGAAUAUAGAUGGCAGGAAGGGUGUUUCCCUAGUUGAUGAAAGAAGCAAGAGACCAGGUUGUGCAGAUAAUGUUUCACAGCAACCUGCAAAGAGGCAGCUUGUUGCAGACAAACCGGAGUUAACAGGUUCGAUGUUCCCAUGCAUGGAAAAGUACUCGUUUGGCUGGUCAGUAAAUGAUACAGUUGGCCCGCGGAUGCUUGACUUCAGUAACAAAAGUAGCAGGACAUGCCACACAAAUGUCAAAAAAUGAAAAAACAAUAACUUAGGGGGGAUGUCAGUUCCAGUUGUUGACGCAAGAUCAAGGACUGUAAGCAUGUUUGCAGGAGCUAAAAGCACGCUGAAGAACGAUCAUUCAAAGAUGCCACAUUCCACUAAAUUUUCAGUUGGUAAUAGUGGAAUGUCAGAAAGAAACAGUGGAGUGUUCCUGUUCCACUUAUUUCUUUGGUAUUUGAAUGGUAGGCAAAAGGGAAGCUGUAGUAGCCUUUUCUGCAUUUCUCAAGAUGUUAGUUUAGCAAUCAGUCCAUUGCUUGUAAAAACUUUUGCGAGCAAAUGUGCAAGAAUAUUUUCCUUAGAAUAGUACUCCCUCCGUAAACUUUUAUAAGACGGUUUAGGUCACUAAAGCGUGACCUUAGACGUCUUAUGAAAGUUUACAAAGGGGGUACAUACCAUGGCACAUCACAAGCACGGGGACAUUUAAAUAGCCAAAUGUUGUCGAUUCGAGUAUUUUUUGGGGCCUCAUGUUCCUACCAGCAUGUGUUCUGGCCCCUUAACACAUACUCCUUCCGUUCCAAAAUAAGUGGUAUGUUGAACUAAAACCGCAACACUUAUUUUGGAAGCGGAGAGAGUAAUAUCAGUUCAGAUCUGUAAUCUAUACUCUACGGUCCAGAAAGUAAAGCCAUCAUUUGGUAGAUUCAUUGAUCAGCGCUUCCCUGCACAACAAGCUAGGCGAGACAACGACAGGCGCAUGGAAAGCAGGGUUUCUUUAAGAAAGCCGCGCCCACUGACUCUGAACUGAACUGAAAAUGGAAACUUCCGAUGCAUGUCACCUAAGGUAGCCUUCUGGUCGUGCAACCUUGCAAAAGUUUGCUGGCGAAACGUGCAAUCGCCUGAGACCCUCCGGUUUGUUCUUGCUUUCCUUGGGCCAAGAGUAAGGGAGACUUCGCAUCGUAUCUGCAAGGG